GCCGGAGUCAACUUCCGGAAGCUGGGAACAGGCGAGGAAGACUUAAAAUAACAGAAGGGAAGGAAAAGGCGGCGGAGGGAGACUCGCAGGGAUGCCCGGGAAAGAGAUCUACAAGCGCAAGCAGAGCCAAAUUGGACUUAGACCCUCCAAAUCAACUUUAAGGAGACGGGAUGAAGAAGGUGGUGUUGAAUUGGGAGAGGGGGCAGAUGAAUGGGCACAGGCCAAGACAUUAAUCAAGCCCCUGGACCAGCUGGAGUUGACAGAUGCUGAAUUGAAAGAAGAGAUCACCCGCAUCCUGACAGCCAAUAACCCACAUGCUCCGCAGAACAUUGUCAGGUACAGUUUUAAAGAGAGAGCCUAUAAGCAGACCUCUGUAGUGGAGCAGCUAGCCCUCCACUUCUCUCUUUAUGGGAACUUGAUAUUCAGAGAUUCGGAUGAGGGCCGGAGACAGAGCCUGAGGAAGAGCACCCUUGCCGCUGUGGUUCCCGUUUCGUCUGCUGUGGUGGACUUUGAGGCCUUGGAUGCAGAACUCAAAGAAGAGGCCGAAGGCGAAGGCGAGGGAGGAGAAAAACCCGAUCAAGAAGCGGGUGCAGCCCCAGAAGAAAAAGAAGAAGAAGUACGUCCCCCGGUGGUGCGUGAACGAAAACUCACCAACCAGUUUAACUUCAGUGAGAGAGCCUCGCAGACCUUCAAUAACCCAGUGAGGGACAGGGCGUGUCAGAUGGAGCCUCCUCCUAGAGCUACCUUCUCUGAUACUGCUAACCAGUGGGAAAUCUAUGAUGCCUACGUGGAGGAACUCCAUAAACUGGAGAAGUCGAAGGAGAAAGAAAAACAAAAAACUCCUGUGGCAAAGAAAGAAGACAAGCUGAGAGGAAGGAAACUCACUUCUCUAGAAUCUCAGAGUGAUGACAUCACCAAGGUGGCCAAGGCAGCCAAGAUAGUGGAGCGGAUGGUCAAUCAGAACACCUUUGAUGAUAUUGCCCAAGACUUUAAAUACUACGAAGAUACCUCUGACGAAUACAGAGACAACCUGGGGACCCUCCUACCCUUGUGGAAGUUUCAGUACGAUAAAGCCAAGAGGCUGGCAGUCACUGCCCUCUGCUGGAACCCCAAAUACAAGGACUUGUUUAUCGUGGGACAUGGAUCUUAUGACUUUGUGAAGCAGAGCCGGGGGCUGCUGCUGCUGUACUCUCUGAAGAACCCGUCCUUCCCGGAGUACGUCUUCAACAGCGAGAGCGGCAUCAUGUGCCUCGACAUCCACACCGACCACCCCUGCCUCAUUGUCACGGGUUUCUACGACGGGAACGUGGCCAUCUACAACCUGAAGAAGCCCGCCAGCUCCCAGCCCGGCUACAAGAGCAGCGCCAAGUCUGGCAAGCACACGGACCCCGUCUGGCAGGUCAAGUGGCAGAAAGAUGACAUGGACAAUAACUUGAACUUCUUCUCUGUCUCUUCUGAUGGGCGCAUCGUGUCUUGGACGCUGGUUAAGAACGAGCUGGUUCAUACAGAUGUCAUCAAACUGCUCGUCGAAGGAACGACGAUGGAAGGGCCAGAGGGGCUGCAGCUGCACACCAUCGGCUGUGGGACUUCAUUUGACUUCCACAAGAAGAUUGAUUAUUUGUUUCUUGUGGGUACAGAGGAAGGAAAAAUCUACAAGUGUUCAAAGUCCUACUCCAGCCAGUUCCUGGACAUCUUUCAUGCUCACCACAUGGCCGUCGAUGCCGUGAGCUGGAACCCCUUCCACAGCAAGGUCUUCAUGUCCUGCAGUUCCGACUGGACCGUGAAGAUCUGGGACCACACCAUCAAGACUCCCAUGUUCAUCUAUGACCUGAAUUCUGCUGUUGGUGACGUUGCCUGGGCUCCAUAUUCUUCCACCGUCUUUGCUGCUGUUACCACUGAUGGAAAGGCCCACGUCUUCGAUCUGAGUGUCAACAAAUAUGAGCCCAUCUGCCACCAGCCGGUGGUGGCCAAGAAGAAGAACAAAAUCACUCAUGUCCAGUUCAACGCCAUCUACCCCAUCAUCAUCAUUGGAGAUGACCGUGGCCACGUGACCUGCCUGAAGCUUUCUCCCAACCUCCGAAAGAUGCCCAAGGAGAAGAAAGGCCAGGAGGUUCAAAAAGGCCCGGAAGUGGAGAUUGCGAAGUUGGACAAGCUCCUCAACCUGGUGAGAGAGCCGGUGGCCAGAGCCAGCAAGUGAGGAGGCAGGA